CACAUUCAUCCCAGCAAAUGAUGCAACAACAGGUUCAAAUGACACUGAUGCAAACUCAAGCUCAACCUCAAGCAUCCCAGCAUCAAAACCAGCAACUUCCGCUGCAACAAGCAGUGCAACAGCACCAGCAACAACCCAUUCAUUCAGAACAACAAAAUCAGCCUCAUCAACAACAGUGGAAUCAUACAGGUCAACCAACCAUCCAUGUUCCAAAAGAAAAAGACUCGACAGUUCAAGAACCGGGGCAGUUACCGAAUCAGCAUUAUUUGCAACAGCAAGCAGCAAAUAAUCAGCCUAUGCCUAAUCAGGCCGGGUCUUGUCAAAAUGUGCAGAAUUCCAAUCAACCAGGUCCCAAUUUAUUGAAUUCAAUGCAGUUCACCACUCCAUUCGUGCCACCAGGCAAUAUAUCUAUCACAAUAACUGUGAAUUCACAAAUAGGUCAGGCAAAUCCAAACCAACAGAUUCUAAGCCAAAGUUCAAGUCAGCCGCUUUUGACUCAACCUCCAGCUCAUCAGCAACCAUCUGUCGUGACAGUGGAAGCACGCCAUGAGCAGAUGAUUGUAAAUACUGGCCUGAGGGAAGAAGAAAAAAAGGAAGUUCAGCUGUCACAAACAGCAUCUGUUGUUAAUUGCAAUAGUAGUCGGGUUUCAGAAAGUACAUCAUCUGCGAAAUCAUCUCAAUCCACCCCUAAUGUUCAAACAUCGACAAGCGAGCUUCGACAAUUGAGGCGAAUACCGACUAGGAUACUGAAUACUUCAUCGGAUACUUCCUCAAGUGACUCAUCAGUAUUGAAAGAUGCUAUGAAGGCUGACCGAAAAACAACAGUUAGCGAAUCUAAAGAUAAUUGCAUGACCAAAUUAUUAGAGUCGAAAGUGAAAUAUUCUGAAAUAAAGAAAAAAAUGUCUGUUGACAUCCCAUCCGAAGUCAAACCUCCAAAAGAAGAACUUCCUAAAGUCGAACCCAAGGAAGAAAUCAAAGAUGAGCACUCACCUAUGCCAUGUAUUAAACAGCCUAUUAUAAGACUCAGCAGGUUGUCUGAAGCAGAUCAGAUGCUAAUCCAGAAAAACCUGAAAGAAUUCGUAGAGAGCAAGCCUAAAUUAGCUAAGGAUCUCGGCAUUGAAUUACCUGAUGUCAAAUUGGAAAUCAGUUCUGAUUCAGAAGAUGAGAAUGUGGGCAGUCAAAGGCGACGGAAAAGGAAACACAGUGAUAGUGAUGAAGACACCUUCUCUGCUUUGGUGGGAAGCAAAAGAAAGAAAAUACUCAAAGAGGAAGCACCUGAUCCAAUAAUUGUGAAACCGAAGCUCAGAAGAGUUGAAAAAAAAUUCGUCCCUGUUCUUGAAAAGUUAUCCCAGGAAGAACUUAUGGAAACUAAUACUUAUCAUAGAUUCAACAAGUCAAUUGAGCAUGUUUUGAGAUCCGGAGAGGAUAUUGACAUUUCUGAAAUAGCGGACGACGGCAUGAUUCAGGAGGAAUACCUUUUGAGCAGGAAUGUCAUGCAAGAGUUGUGCACUGAAGCAGCGAAGCUGAAGAUCCUCGGAGCCAUGGAGAUGAUUCCAACGGAGAAACUGACAAGACUCUUGAACAUUUUAGAACUAAAUAUUCGUGGUGGAGAUCGAGUGUCGCCCAUUUCUGAUGAAGACAAUGAGAGUAUUCGUCAGCUGUGGCUUGAAACGACUAUGGAACGGGUUAUGGGAGCGGCAGAUGCAUGUUUGGUUUGUAUGUACAUAAUGACAUCUCGAAAUAUGUCUAAACGAGUUUAUUUGGAAGAGGUAAUUGAUCGAGUUGUACUUUAUAUCAAGUACCAGCUUCAUAACACGAUAUUCCCGUCAUUCGACUCGACUUAUAGGUUAGAUAACAAAAGAAAAGAUGGGCGACGAAAGAAAUCUGCUCAAACAACAGAAAAGGGUGUACUAGUUUUGUAUACAAAAAUAUCUGAGCUGGUUAACUUACUAGCUGAGCUAUUAAAUAUUCAAAUUUUAACUGAUACAUCUGUACUUCACGCAUCUUCCAUGGGGGUUUCGCCGUUUUUUGCUGAAAACGUCAGUGAGUUACAGUUGGCUUGCUUAAAACUUGUCACAACGAUCUUCACAAAAUAUGAAACACAUCGAAGACUACUUUUAGAUGAUAUUUUAGCUUCUAUUGCACGUCUUCCUAGUACAAAACGUAGUUUAAGAACAUACCGUUUAAAUAGCGAAGAACACAUACAAAUGCUCACUGCUUUGGUUUUGCAGCUCAUUCAGUGUGUAGUAUGUUUACCUGACAACUUCUUGCAAUCUAAGGAUUCCAAAGAAAAGAAUGUGACUUCCGAGAAACUUCCACCGGUUGACACAGAUAUUUUCAUUUGUAAUAAGUAUGAAAAAGCCACUUCAAUAGCAGGCACAUUUCUCACAGUGUUCUUGAAUAAGUGUGGAAACAAGCAGGAGGACAUCGAUUAUCGACCAUUGUUUGAGAAUUUUGUGCAAGAUUUAUUGUCAACUGUGAAUAAACCAGAGUGGCCAGCUACAGAGUUGUUGCUUUGUUUAUUGGGAAAAAUGCUUGUGAAGAACUUUUCAAAUAAGGGUACUGACAUGUCUCUUCGUGUCGCUAGUUUGGAUUACCUGGGGGUAGUUGCUGCAAAACUAAGAAGAGACAGUGUACUGUCCAGGUGCGAACUAAACACGAUAGAUCAAAUGAUAAGAGACAUCAAGCAAGAAGAACUCAAAGACAGUGAUGAACCAUCAUCAAAAGUCAAGAAGAAGAAUAACAUCACCUUCUCCGACGAAGAGCGCACUCAAUUCCUGCAGCGUGUUCUGCUAGAUUUUUUGGCUGUCAAUGCUCAAAAUGACGAAGCGUACAAGUAUGCACGUCACUUCUAUAUCAGCCAGUGGUAUAAGGAAGCUGUUGCCGAGAAAACGCAAAUUGCCAUCGGUGAAAAGAAAAACAACCACAGAGCGAAGAAGUAUGUUGAAAGCGAGGAUUCCGAUAGCGAAAAGGAGGAGAAGAAGAGCAAGAAAGCAUCUGCUGACCAAGAAAAUGCUGAACGUUUUCAGUUAAUCGAAGACAGAAAAAAGUUUCUAUUGAAUAAGAUCAAACCAUUUCAAGAAACGAUGUGUUCUGGAAAUCGUGUUCAAGUUUUUCAGACCUACAUUGAUUACAACAGUGCAGAAUUAAUUGCUCAAUUUCUAGCAUCAAAAAGAUAUUUCUCGCAAAGUUUCGAUCAGUAUUUAAAAGCGAUUCUCAUUGUUUUGAAAGAAACAUCAAUUGCUAUUAGGACGAAAGCAAUGAAAUGUUUAACUAUGAUAGUAGAAGCAGAUCCCUCAGUAUUGGGGAGACAUGAUAUGCAGAUGGGAGUGAAUCAUUCUUUCCUUGAUCACUCAACGUCUGUUAGAGAGGCAGCUGUCGAUUUGGUGGGCAAAUUCGUUCUGAGUCGCCCCGAACUCAUCAACAAAUAUUACGAAAUGUUAUCUGCUCGAAUACUGGAUACAGGUGUGAGCGUAAGAAAAAGGGUAAUUAAAAUAUUGAAAGACAUAUGCAUAGAAUGCCCUGAGUUUCCAAAGAUCCCCGAAAUAUGUGUAAAAAUGAUUAGAAGGGUUAAUGACGAGGAAGGAAUCAGAAAGCUAGUCAUGGAAGUGUUUCAGAAUAUGUGGUUCACUCCAACGAAAGAUACCUCCCUGUUGAGGAAAGUUGUAAAUAUUACCGACGUUGUAGCUUCUUCUAAAGAAAUUGGAUUGGAAUGGUUCGAACAACUGUUGCUUAGUUUAUUUAAGCCAAAGGAAGACAAAGAUGACUCAACAAAAGUCGCAACUGAACCUCCCAAAGCUUUGCUUCUUGCUUGUCGUCAGAUAGUAGAUUGCCUGAUUGAAAACGUACUAAGCCUCGAAGAGAGCACAGACAACAGUGGCUCUUCCCAAAGACUUGUAGCUUGUCUAACCACCCUCUAUUUGUUUGCCAAAAUAAGGCCACAGCUUCUGGUCAAACAUGCCAGUACUUUACAACCCUACCUUGGUUUGAAGUGUCAGACUGCUGGAGACAUAGAGAUAAUCAGUAGCGUUGCCAGAAUGUUGGAGUUGGUCGUUCCAUUGAUGGAACAUCCUAGUGAUUCAUUCCUGGCACAGCUGGAAGAGGAUGCCAUAAAACUUGUGUUACAGCACGAUCGGCCAAUAGUCAGCAGUUGCUUGUCAUGUUUGGGUUCUAUCAUCAACAAGGUCACCCAUAACUAUAAGCUUAUUAGGGAUUGCUUCAAAAAGUAUUAUGAGUAUUUGAUAAGGUAUAAAAACUGGGUUGAGAUGGACUACAGGAUGUGUCAGGAAGUGAAAUAUCGGGGAUUGUUCAGAAGAGCUCUUUUCAUUGUGGGUCUUUUGUUGCGCUUUUUUGAUUUCAAAGAUCCAGAGGUCUUGGGAGACAUGUCUCCUGAAACAAAGGAUGAAGUGUAUCAAACCAUGACAUUUUUCUUACAAAGGGACGAUAUAGAUAUUCAAGCCAAUACAUUGAAAGCUAUUGGUAGUAUCUGCAUAAGGCAUUAUGAGUUCAUGCUGGAGAACGAAUUGAAGCUUUUUUACCACAGGCAAUUGACUUCCGAAGAUGCUCCUCUAAGGAUGAAAGUUGAAGUAUUGAUCAACAUUGAAAAUUAUCUUGUGGAGGAGGAAAACAGGAUGAUUCAACAGGAUUUAGAAUGGUCCAAACAAUCAAAGAAGGAAAACUUGAAGGAAAUGGGUGAUGUAUCGUCUGGAAUGGCAAGUACAGUUAUUCAGCUCUAUUUGAAAGAAAUCAUGCAGUCCUACAUACACUGUAACCUACAAGUUCGUCAGCCAGCGCUAAGAGUUAUACAAUUAGUCCUCCAACAGGGUUUGGUGCAUCCAGUACAGAUAGUGCCAUAUUUGAUAUGUAUGAGCACAGAUUGUGAGAAGUUAGUGUCGCAUAGUGCGGAUAAACAAUUGUUAGACAUAGAAAAGAAAUAUCCGGGGUUUAUUCACGCCAAGUCAUCUUUAGGAAUAAGAUUAUCUUAUCAGUUACAAAAAAUACUACAGAACGAUUGUAUUGUUAGGGGUUCUCGGGUUAAAGAACAAGGUGAAUAUCCGAGUGCGUUAAACAGUUAUUUGUACUCUAUACUUCGUAGUUCCAGACAACAAAGACGUGCCUUAAUACUUAAUAUUCUGAAACAAUUUGACGAACAAGCUCGUACCACCUUAUCAUAUAUGUUGUACCUGGCGGAUAACCUGGCAUAUUUUCCGUAUCAAGUUCAAGAUGAGCCUCUUUUCAUCGUUCAUCACAUCGACAUUAUGAUCUCAGUGUCAGGAACAAAUUUACUUCAGUCAUUUCGAGAGGGUUUGAUAUUAUCUGAAGGUCAAAAUAAGAUCUUGGAUAGCGAUAAUAGUGAAGCGGUGAAUGUUGUAUCUGCUCUCGAUGAAGACGAUGAUGAUGAAGAAACGUUAGUAUCUCGUGUACCUGAAGACACAAGCAAUCUGCAAGCUUGUAUAACAGCGGCUCAAGGUUGUCUGCUCCUGCUAAUGCUGAAACAGCAUAUAAAAGAUAUUUAUGGUCUCAGUGAUGGCAAAAUACAACAGUAUUCGCCAUCUGAAGCAGCUAAAGUCUAUGAAAAAGCAAUACAACGCAGAUCCAAUGCUCUCUUCAACCCAAAGGCAACGGUGCAGAAGCUCAAAGAAGGGAACCCGCCAGAAUAUUUGGACGAAGAGGGAAGGCGGGAUAUCAUUCGCCAGUAUGUGGAUUUCAAACAAUUAAUGCUGCAACUUGACCCUGAGGAUCCAGAUGAUGAAGAAAAUGCCCCGAAAGUGUUGACAGCAUUAGCAACCACCAAUGUAAAUCCUCCCAACCAAACUGGAGCUCCUUCUUCGAUACUUACGGAGGCUGAUCAAGUAGCACUUGAUAAUUUCAAGAAACCUACUUAA